GACCAUGGGACCUCCAAUUUAAAAACGCAAUUUCAUUUUCAAUUGGGUUGGGAAUUUCAGUUCUCUGUGAUUUCAUCUUGUUUCGUUUUGAACCCAAGGGCGGGCAGCUGAGAUCGGAGCCUCGUGUUCGCGAGACUCUCUCUUCCACGCCAAAUCUUAGGGUUUUGAGUGGUUCGCGGAUCUUUCUAAAUCUUUGUGGUCGUUGUUGGUGUGGAUGAUCCGCAUUGGCUCGUAGCCAGUGAUAGAAAAUGGCAGAUGCUGAGGAUAUUCAGCCACUUGUCUGUGAUAAUGGAACUGGAAUGGUUAAGGCAGGAUUUGCGGGAGAUGAUGCUCCAAGGGCUGUCUUCCCUAGCAUUGUUGGUCGUCCACGCCACACUGGUGUGAUGGUUGGUAUGGGGCAGAAAGAUGCAUAUGUUGGGGAUGAGGCUCAGUCCAAACGUGGUAUAUUAACUCUAAAGUACCCAAUUGAGCAUGGUAUUGUGAGCAACUGGGAUGACAUGGAGAAGAUCUGGCAUCACACCUUCUACAAUGAACUUCGUGUGGCCCCAGAAGAACACCCAGUUUUGCUCACUGAAGCGCCUCUCAACCCAAAGGCUAACCGUGAAAAAAUGACCCAAAUCAUGUUUGAGACCUUCAAUACUCCUGCCAUGUAUGUUGCCAUCCAGGCUGUUCUCUCUCUUUAUGCAAGUGGCCGAACAACUGGCAUUGUGCUCGACUCUGGAGAUGGUGUGAGCCACACUGUACCAAUUUACGAGGGGUAUGCCCUGCCUCAUGCUAUUCUACGUCUCGACUUAGCAGGUCGUGACCUCACAGAUGCUCUCAUGAAAAUCCUGACUGAGCGUGGCUACUCUUUCACCACCACUGCUGAGCGUGAAAUUGUGAGGGACAUGAAGGAGAAGCUGGCAUACAUUGCUCUUGACUAUGAGCAAGAGCUGGAGACUGCCAAGACUAGUUCUUCUGUUGAGAAAACCUACGAGUUGCCUGAUGGGCAGGUGAUUACAAUUGGGGCCGAGCGUUUCCGCUGCCCAGAAGUCCUUUUCCAGCCAUCCAUGAUUGGAAUGGAGGCUUCUGGCAUUCAUGAAACCACAUACAACUCCAUCAUGAAGUGUGAUGUGGAUAUUAGGAAGGAUUUGUAUGGAAACAUUGUCCUUAGCGGUGGAUCCACCAUGUUCCCUGGCAUUGCUGACAGAAUGAGCAAGGAAAUCACUGCAUUGGCCCCAAGCAGCAUGAAAAUAAAGGUGGUUGCUCCACCUGAGAGAAAGUAUAGUGUCUGGAUUGGAGGCUCAAUCUUGGCAUCCCUCAGCACAUUUCAGCAGAUGUGGAUUGCAAAGGCAGAGUAUGAUGAAUCAGGCCCGUCUAUUGUGCACCGGAAAUGCUUUUAAGUCUGUUGGUUGGAGAGAUGGGAAAAAGAGUAGUGUUUUUUCGGCUAAGAAAUUGCGGCUUGCAAUAAUCCUCUACUUUUACCUUUUGUUUUCUAUGUACUUUUGCUGUCAUAUAUUGUUGUUGGAACAAUGAUGCAAUUAACUGGUUGAGGAGAUCCAGAUAAUCCAAUUCUUUAAUUAUUAUUUUUUUCCCUUUA